CAGUGUAAAAUAUCGCUGGAGCUUUGUCAGUGUAAAAUAUCGCUGGAGCUAUGUCAGUGUAAAUUAUCGCUGGAGCUAUGUCAGUGUAAAAUAUCACUGGAGCUUUGUCAGUGUAAAAUAUCACUGGAGCUAUGUCAGUGUAAAUUAUCACUGGAGCUAUAUCAGUGUAAAUUAUCACUGGAGCUAUAUCAGUGUAAAAUAUCACUGGAGCUAUAUCAGUGUAAAUUAUCACUGGAACUAUGUCAAAGCUGA